GCCCGUGUGUCGAUCGGUGCGUAGGACAACUCAGAUCCACCAAAAUUAUAUAAAAAAGAGACUCCACCCCUGAAUUCUCCAAGUAGAGAGAUGGCUCCAGCGAUGGUUGUAUCAAGCAACAAUGGCGAUGGUGGCAAGCGUCCCCCACACUUGGUCUUCGUCCCAUACAAAGACAAAGGCCACACUGCACCAUCAAUUAUCCUCGCCAACAACCUCGCCAUUCUUCACGGUAUUUCCAUCACUGUGAUCUUCGCGUCCGCGAAAGAAUUGGAAUCCUGGCCAUCGCCGGCGAGUCCCCACAUCCAAUUCAUGGCUCUCGACACGCAGGGAGGAACAAGAAGUAAGUCCGAGGCUCUCACUGCCACGCUGGACGAGCUCAAGCGCUCGGCCUCGCCACCCGUCGCAAUUCUAGUGGAUAUCAUAGUGAUGUGGAGUGCUGACGCGAUCCGACGUAGCAAUCUCCCCAAGUUCGUGCUCUACACUGCUAGCUGCUCGUAUUUGUCCGUCAUGCUGGGGAUUAAGGCACCUCUGCCCGAACCGUGGAUCGAUGAGUCCCGGGCCGCGUUCCAGUUGGGACUCGACGAUCCCGAGAUGCCGGAUAUCGAAUCCCACGAUUGGAAUGACGACAGCGGGGAGGCGCAGGCCGUGCUGGUGAAUUCGUGCGAAGAGCUCGAGCAGGAAGCUAUGGCCGAGCUGAUCAGAGCCCAGCCUCGGAUCCCGCCAGUUCUUCCCGUCGGCCCCUUGCUAGCGAUCGAUGUCAAUCCCAAGGCAGUGGGGCAAGAAUCAUCGCCACCCAAUGCCGAUGCGUGCAAGCAGUGGCUGGACGAGCAGCAGCCCUCGUCAGUGAUCUUCAUCUCGUUUGGCAGCAGGACGUUUCUGGCAGAGGAGCAAAUCCACGAACUCGCGGCUGGAUUGGAAGCCAGCAAGCGGCCAUUCCUGUGGGUUCUUCCAGUCCCGCCAACCUGGGCCGAUGGUUCGACUAAGGACUACCUGGAUCAUGUUCUUCCCGAUGGAUUCCUGGCGAGAAAUCAAGCCGGGCUCAUCCUGUCUGGAUGGGCGCCUCAGAAGAUGAUCCUCCAGCACAGCUCCCUGCUAGCAUUUGUGACGCACUGCGGCUGGAAUUCCGUGCUCGAGUGCCUCUACCUGGGCGCCAAGCCGAUGCUGUGCUGGCCGUUCGGCACGGACCAGCCCCAGAACGCUCGAUUCAUCGAGGAGGAGCUCAAGGCCGGGGUGGAGCUGGAGAAAGAUCCCAGUGGAAUCGUGCGCAGCAGCGAGAUCCAAACCAAGAUCGAGGAGGUGGCGAGGCUGGAGGCCAGGAACUCCUCUGGCAAUGCUGCUACUGCUACAGAGCAAGUGAGAAACGCGAAGAGCUCCUCCAUAAACCUCCAAGCAUUUGCAGGUAGAGUGCAGGCCUACGUUUGAUGUGACAAUGGCGUGGCUAGGGAUCUGAGAGAUCUGGAAAUCUUGGGCUAGGGUUUGUACAAGAUCACAAGAUGUUUGUAAAGGUCAUGAGGGCAUGCAGGGCAUCUGGCCUUGUUAUUGUAUAGAUGAGCUUGCUUC